UUCCGGGAGACGCGUUGGCAAUUUCCUAAACACAUCCCAGUUAGCUGUGCCAGUUUCGGAGGCCAGGCUCUACCGAAGGAGUGCGGUUGGUUUUCAGUUUCGCCGGUUAGACGGAGCUUUACUGAGACAGAGGACCAGACACCGGGUUGAUAUGAGCAGGUUUGCCUGAUAUGGACACAGAGAUGAUUCCUAAAUUUUCAUCAAAGGAUGAGGAGGUUGAUUAUUGGAAAACUCAAGCCCUGAAGUAUAAAAAGAGUUGCCAAGAUGCUCAGGAGGAGCUGCAGGAGUUCCAGGAGGGGAGUCGGGAACUGGAAGCUGAACUGGAGGCUCAGCUCACCCAGGCUGAACACCGGCUUCGAGAUUUACAAGCCGAAAAUGAGAGACUGAAGAACGAAAUGUCCAACCUUAAGGAAAAGCUAGAGCAGCAGUACGCUCAGAGUUACAAGCAAAUUUCCAUGCUGGAGGAUGACCUCAGCCAGACACGCAGCAUCAAGGAGCAGCUGCACAAAUAUGUACGAGAACUCGAACAAGCCAAUGACGACUUGGAGAGAGCGAAAAGGGCAACGAUAGUUUCACUAGAGGACUUUGAGAGCCGUUUAAACCAGGCUAUCGAGAGAAAUGCUUUCCUUGAGAGUGAGCUUGACGAGAAGGAGUCCCUCCUCGUUUCGGUUCAGAGGCUGAAAGAUGAGGCUCGAGACUUGAGACAAGAACUGGCAGUUCGAGAGCGGACUUCUGACAGGAUGUCUGCACCAAGCUCGCCAACAUCAGACCUCGAUAAGACUGACUCUGCAGUACAGGCCUCCUUAUCCCUCCCUGCUACACCUGUGGGAAAAAGUAUAGAGCAUGCACUCGUCAGCCAAAAGGGACUUACAAAUGGUUGCGGUGGCUCCGCCCUCACUCCUUCUGCAAGAAUCUCAGCGCUUAAUAUAGUUGGAGACCUUCUGAGAAAAGUUGGGGCUUUGGAGUCCAAACUUGCAGCUUGUAGGAACUUAGCUAAAGACCAGACAGCACGGAAAAAAUACUCCGCAGACACGGGCGCUCUCAUCAACAGCAACGCUACAAAGUUCUCACACCCCAUUCACACAACCUACUAUGAAACAACCACUGUUAAUGGACUGGAUCCUAGCUCCAUGGCGCCACCCAGAGCCAUAGCUCCUCCAGGAAUGCUGCCUUUAAGUGUGUGAGGAACCCAUGUGCAAUUAUGACCUCCAUCCAUUGGAAAAGACAGGACAUCUGUGCUGCUGUGUGUGUCAAUGUGUGGGUGUGUGUGUGAGUGAAAGAUGGUUUACCUGGAUGAUUGUUUGACAGGUGUACCCUCCAGGUUAGAGCUCUCAGUGCGUCUGGGUGUAGGUGUACACGGCCACUUCUUCAUAUGUUCCUCCCACUUCCUUGCAUGUGCCUAAAGCAGAGCUCCUCAGAACUUGCUGCGCCCUCUAGAUGUCGACUUUCGUAUUGCAGCACUAACUCGACUGCCCAAAUGAACUGACUCUCGACAAAAGGCCCUCAGCAGACCACAGCUUCUUUUUUGAUCUGUUUUAUUUUCUCUUGAAUUGCACAAUAGACUAAUUUAUAUUUUGAAUGUGUAAUAUUUAUAAAGGGAUAUGCUUAUUUCAGCUGAUUUAUCUCAUUUGGUCAGAAAUGCAUUAUUCCUGUUUUCUAUUUUUUUUUUCUUUUGCAUGUUUGCAUACGGUUGCAGAGGUUUGGGUGAACUCUGUGCUGAAACAACAGACCUGAGUGAAUGUUGAUCGUCCAAAGCCAUGUAGCACAGUUGUUGCCAUUUUUCUGAGCGGGUGAAGGAUUGUUCAACACUCGCUGCUCUUGAACAAGCUGCCCAUCUCAUCUUUUUUUUUUUUUUCUUUUUUUGCCUUCUUUUUCUUUUUUUAUUUAUGUUUUUUGGAGCAGUGCUUCUGCUUUUCUUCUGAUAUCUAGGGGAUGUGAAUUUGGCCCUAAAACCACUCCCCCACUGUACAUGAUUCUCAAAGCCAGACUGGAUGUUAAAGAACCUUUCUGACUUUGAGUUUUACUAAACUUGUCUGAAUUUCAUGAACCAUGUGAGCUUUUCUGCAUUGCAGCAUAAGUGCUGCUUUUUUGUUAAUUUGGCAUUAACUUUUUUUUUCUAUCUUUUUUUUGGCAGCUUUGUUAUUGAUUUAUAUCAGUUUUACUUCAUGCAGCUCACAUUUUUAAAACCUCAUUAGCCUGAAGACCAUUUAAGUUAGAUGUUAUUAAUGAGAUCUCACUUUAGGCACUAAGAGGGGCCAUUACUGAAGUGAUCUCUAUAGCGAGUUUGUAUAGAAGGGUUUAUAAAUGGUGGAAAUUUACUUACCUGUACAUAGAAACAUUUGGCAUUAAAGUCCUAUUUAUUUCAGAUUCUGUAUUGCAUGUGUUGAGAUAACGAGUUUUAUUAUCAUAUGGUGGUUAAAGCCAUUGUAAUGUUAAAUUGAAAGGAUUGUUAAAGUAAAUAAAGAUUGAAAUAC